AUGUCUAGCGUCACUCAAAAACGGAAACAAGGACCUCCUGGAGCGAGCACCGGCCGUGCCUUCAAGAAGAGCAAGGGAGGAAGCGGCGGGAAAUGGAAGACGCCCCAUCACAAGGUGAAGAAGGCCGAGAAGGUUGAGCUGGGCACGGCCCUUGACGUUGGGGACCAAGGCAUCUGGGUUACGUUCGCCAGGGGCAUGAGGGCAAAGGCCGUGCGGGAGUUUACCCAACUUUGCAACGAGUACGGCAAGACAAUGUAUGGCGUUGAGAUCCCCGACGGCUACGAAAGCGCCAGUGAAGUGGAAGAAGGUCAGGAUGUAGAGGCAGCCAUCGAAGCGGAGCUGAACAGCAUGAGAGCAGCCCAGAAGAGCAAAACGAGGCAGAUGUUCACGCCGAUUUCCACAGGCGUUGAAUGCCUGUUUUUCAUGAAAACCACCAGCCCAGUCGAUGCCGCAGCGCUGGUCAGGAGGAUGUGCCAGGACGCUCGCGACUGUUUGGAUCCCCGACAACGCAAGUGCAAGUAUAUCAACCGGUUGACGCCAGUCUCGGACACAGACAAGGCUACGGAAAACGGCAUCACCAAAGUGGCUCGCACCGUGCUGUCUCCGUGGUUUGACCUCAGCGACGGACGGACGGAAGAGAGCACGCACGGGGCCGAAGCUCAGCCAUCAACAUCGCGCCCAGCGUCGACAUACGCAAUCCGCUACAACAUACGCAGCCAUACCGUGUUUAAAUCCGACGAGGUCAUCAGAAAGGUUGCCAGCCUCAUAGAUGAGAAGAAGCACAAGGUCAACCUGGGCAAGCCGGACAAGGUGAUACUCAUUGAGAUAUUUCAGCUCUUCUGUGGAGUAUCUGUCGUGGACGGGGAAGAGUGGGAGGCGCUGAAACGAUACAACAUGAAUGCGCUUUAUAGCCUGGGGGUUACCGGAGACGAAGGAGUCGGAGGAUUGAAGUCGACAGACAGCAGGACGGAAUGCCUCACGUCAGAAUGA